AUGAAUACAAUAAUUUCUAUAAUAGUUUUGUGCACAGCUUUAAGUGGAUGUCUAGCAAUAUGGUGUUAUCAAUGUACAACAGCAACUCCUGGAUGUAGUGAACCAUUCAAUUGGCGUGGUGUUGGAUACUUGGGUAAUCCUUGUCCAGACAAAGAAGAUGUGUGUGUAAAAUUGAUUGAACAGAAAGGAGCUAGAAAAGUUAUUACAAGAGACUGUUUGAGUAACUUUAAAGCAUUUAGAACUGAUAUACCAGCUGACACAUAUGAAGGAUGUCGUCCAGCUGCAAGAGAUGUAAAUCUGGCACAUUAUGUGAACAAUUCUAUAAAAGAAUUGGAUAUUAAAAGAGAUUGGUAUGAUGAGACAACAUGGUGUUUCUGCUUUCUUGACAAUAGGUGUAACAGUGCAUCAAGCAUUGUAAAUUCAAUGGUUUUACUGACCUUCAGUGUAUUUACACUGACAAUAAGGGUAUUGUUU